AUUGAACGAUAAAAAAAAACGCCGAGUAUCCGCUGAAUGCUUACCUGCAGAACGAGACCUUGCUUGACGUGAAGCUCACAUUCAUCAAUUUGCUGGACAAAAUGAACCAGUACAUCGACCACACCAUGCUCAAGGCGGAUGCUCUGCCUUCGCAGAUCAAGACACUAUGUCAGGAGGCUGCCCAGUAUUCUUUCUGCUCCGUGUGUGUCAACUCGUCGUACGCGUCGCUGGCCCGCAAGACCUUGGAUGAACUGGAACACAGUAGCAAGCCGCAUGUGAAGGUCUGCUGUGUCGUGGGCUUUCCGCUUGGUGCUGCCUCAACUGCCACCAAGGCGUUCGAGGCUCAGCAGUGUAUUGACGCCGGCGCUGAGGAGAUCGACAUGGUCAUCAACGUUGGCAUGCUACGAGCUGAGGAGUUCGACUUCGUGCUCAGUGACAUCCGCGCUAUCGUGCGAGUGUGCAAAGAACGUGGUGCGAUCAGCAAGGUCAUCCUCGAGACUGCGCUGUUAAAUACGGAGCAGAUUCGCAAGGCCAGCGAAUUGGCCAUCGCGGCCGGCGCCGACUUCAUCAAGACUUCUACAGGUUUCUCCUCACGCGGUGCCAGCGAGGAGGACAUCAAGCUCAUGGCAAGUAUCGCUAAGCCUGCUGGAAGGCAGGUGAAAGCUAGCGGCGGUAUCCGCUCAGUUGCUGACGCGGAAAAGAUGAUCGCGCUUGGGGCCACGCGUCUCGGUACCAGUGCCGGUGUCAAGAUCGCCCAGGGUCAGCAAAGUACCGACACGUACUAGAUACUACUACAGUAGUAGUAUUAAGAGUCGACACAUGGCUGGGAAUACGGUUUAAAUUUGUUCAAAGCAUUGUGUCCCCAGACUUAAGAACUCA